CAGCACAAGUCCCGGAGGAGGUUUGAACUAAAAGCACUCUACUGUCCGACUUUCAUCGACAUUCUUCCGUCUGUCCAGCCCGCAGAGCUGAGCCAAACGGUUGACGGUGCGUAAUUACGCACGGAGACGGCAGAUCCGCGGUGUUGCUUGCCGUGGAAAUUCGCGGACAAAGGAAGGCAGGCUGGAGUACAACAACUGACUUGAGAGGAGAGGAGUACUGUUGGAAGGGAAACGGGGGUAAUCUGGAAUCGGAAGUGAUUUGUCUUCUUUUUUUCUGAAAUGCAACUUUCGUUCAGGAUUUCGGGGUAGAAUCGAGUCACUUUUCUGGGGGAAAAAAGGACAAAAAGACUUACUGAGUGGAAUCAGUCAUAUAUCAGCAUCCAGAUCAUCGGAGCAUGGGGGAACAGCCCAUCUUUAGCGUUCGAGCUCAUGUCUUCCAGAUCGACCCAGCCACCAAACGCAACUGGCUCCCGGCCAGCAAACAUGCUGUCACCGUGUCCUUCUUCUAUGACGCCAGCCGCAGCGUGUACCGCAUCAUCAGUGUGGGUGGGACUAAGGCCAUCAUCAACAGCACCAUCACCCCUAACAUGACCUUCACCAAAACCUCCCAGAAGUUUGGCCAGUGGGCAGACAGCCGGGCCAACACUGUCUAUGGCUUGGGCUUUUCCACAGAACAGCAGCUGCAGCAGUUUGCGGAGCAGUUUAAGGAGGUGAAGGAGGCGGCCCGUCUGGCCAGGGAGAAAUCUCAGGAGAGAUUUGAACUGGCCAACCCUGCACUCAACAUUGCUGCCCCACAGCUCUCCCAGGAGUUUUCAGAGGAGCGUCAUUCUCCGCCGCUGCUGACCGUAAACGGGCCGGGAGAGGAAAAACUGUUUCGCAGUAAGAGCGCCGAUGUGGAGCUGACAGCGGAGAAGGAGAGGGUCAAGAAGAUGUUGUCAGAAGGGUCUGUGUGUGACAUAAACAUGGAGGCUGAGCUCUUCACCUUGCAGGACAGUAACGCCAAGCUGGUGGAGGCGCUGCAGGAAGCCAACAGCAGCGUGGAGCAGUGGAAGAAACAGCUGGCUGAAUACCAGGAGGAGACAGAUCGCCUCAGAGAUCAGGUGGCAGAGCUUGAGUCCCAGCUGGGGCAUCCUGCUGCUGCUCAGACAGGAAAAGAGGAGCUGAACCGUUCACUGGAGGAGCUGGAAGCCAUGCUGAGUGCUAAAGAUCAGGAGAUUCACAAUCUACAAAGCAAGAAAACAGAUGUGGGUGAGCUAGAGAAGGAGAGAGAGGAAGCCAUGCAGAGACUUCAGGAUCUGGAGAGACGAAACACAGAGUUGGAGGAUCAGGUUCAGUGUGCUGAAAAGACGCUGGCCUCGAGCCAGGAAGAGCGAGAGCAGGUGGAGGUGGAGGUUCGACAGAUUAUCGAGGUUCUGGACGUCAAAAUCUGCGACCUGAAUGACCUGAGACAGAGCCUGGCAAAACUCAUCGACAAAUAGCCACAGCAGCAGUAGGGUUGCAUCUCCACAGUCAGUACCGAUUUCCUCCAUUUGGCCUUGAUUUGUGUGUGAUGCAACAACAGAGGACAAAUCAAAGCAAUUUGGAGGGAAAUAUACAGAACUUUACCUUCAGGGAUCUGUUUUUAAGAUCAAUGCAGGUAAACAACAUGUCUGAGAAACCUCUUAAAUGUGUUAUGUGCAGAAUAAAUCAUCUGUACUGUAUCUCAUUGUCACAUUAAUGUUGCAACACUGGUAUAAUUAUCAUGAACGGUUAACAGUAUGGACUGAUUAACGACUCCUACUUGUUUUUCUAUCGCAAUUACUAUAAGCUCUGUUUCACAGACCUCCACCAAAUCCCAGAGGGUAAAUUGAUUCUUCCUCCAGGUCUUUAUUUCUUAUGCCAUCUGUGACUACUGAAAACUCCUUUUUAUGAUGCCAGGAAUCAAUACAGUGAAUUUCUAUAGUAGUCACACCUGAUGGCUUUCUGUGUGCAGAGAGGAGGCUGAUAAAAGCUGAAAGCUAAAAAUUGCUAAAAGUGAUGGUCUCACCUGUUUAGGAUAAUUAUAUCAGUGUCCCAAAAUAAACAAUAAAUAAUACACAAAGCACCUUUUAAAAGGAAAAAAAUCUGUUUAAGCUUUCUGUUUUGCAAAACUAGACAUUUACGAUUCUAAUUGUUAGCUUAUUUUUGUGUUAUCUGUCUUCAUUUAAUAUAGAGUGGGUAUUCCACCCCUCUUAGUGUAUUUCUCAAUUUAACAGAUUAAGAGGCAUGAGUAGGAGUAAGACUAAAAAAGAAUUAAAUAUAAUGACUUUGACAGGGAGUCUCAGUCAAUCACUGAUUAUUACUGCAGUCAUCAGCACUUGAUAUGGUUUAAAGA